AAAAAAAUGAAAUUGAUAAAAAAAAAGAGAGUGUAAUUUAGCAAUUUAUUUCUCAACCUAGUGUUUAUAGGUCUUUAAAAAUAAAUAAAUAAAUAAAUAAAAACCUAGCAUUUGUUGGUGAAUUUAUCCAUCCACCUUAUUUAUGUUGUUAGCAUUUUCUUAGUUUGACUGUUUUAAAUUUCAGGUAUACUCCGACACAAGUUUCUUGUUGCAGCAGUCAUUUUUGCAAUGUAUUGUGUCCUUAUUGCAAUAUGUUGUGUCCUUCGAUUAAUAAUAAAAAAGAGAGAGGAUCAGGCAAAGAUUGAAAGAUUUUUGGAGGAUUACAAAGCCCUCAAGCCUGCAAGAUACUCUUUUGCUGACAUCAGGAACAUUACCAAUAAAUUUAAGGACAAAAUAGGCCAAGGUGGCUAUGGAACAGUGUACAAGGGAAAACUAUCCAAUGAUGUUCAUGUUGCAGUCAAAAUCCUCGACAAUGUCAAGGGAAAUGGGGAUGAGUUCAUCAAUGAAGUGGGAACAAUAGGUACAAUCCACCACAUCAAUGUCGUACGUUUGGUCGGAUAUUGUGCGGAUGGAUUUAAAAGAGCUCUUGUUUAUGAGUUCUUAUCAAACCAUUCCCUAGAAAAGUUCAUAUUGUCUAAACGCAAAAAGAAUUCACUAGGUUGGGAGAAGCUGCAUGAUAUUGCUCUUGGCAUAGCUAAAGGAAUUGACUAUCUUCACCAAGGUUGCAAUCAACGAAUCCUUCACUUUGACAUUAAACCUCAUAACAUCUUGUUGGACCACAAUUUCAACCCAAAAAUCUCUGAUUUUGGCCUAGCAAAGUUGUGUUCCAAGGAACAAAGUGUGGUAUCCAUGACUGCUGCAAGGGGCACAGUGGGCUAUAUUGCACCCGAAGUGUUCUCUCGAAAUUUUGGAAAGGUGUCAUGCAAAUCAGAUGUAUAUAGUUUUGGAAUGCUGCUGCUAGAAAAGGUUGGAGUAAGGAAUAAUAAUGUCACACAAAACAAAAGUGAAGUGUACUUUCCUGAAUGGAUUUACAACCGUUUAGAUCAUGGAGAAGAUCUAGAAAUCCAGAUUGAUGAAGAUGGAGAUGCACAAAUUGCAAAGAAACUAACUAUUGUGAGACUGUGGUGUAUACAUUGGUAUCCUAUGGACCGACCAUCGAUGAAAGUUGUGGUGCAAAUGUUGGAAGGAGAUGGAGGUAGUCUGACCAUGCCUUCCAAUCCAUUUGCCUCUGCAAAUCCAAUGACGACAAGGGGAAAAAUGAGGGGAAGGCUGUUAGAUAGUGAGUUAGAAGAAAUUUCCGAAUCUGAAUCGUUUUCUCAAUGAUGCUAGCAGCUACAUAACAUCAGUGGUCGUUUUGCAAUAAAUAUUUUCUUUGCUUUGAUAGGUCUACAAUAGAUAUGGAGAACUUCGAAUUAUUUACAAACAAUAGGUAUAAUGUGUAAUUAUUAUAAGAAAUAAAUAAACAUCCAGUGUCAUGUGUUAAGCUU